AUGGAUUAUUCUGCCUCGAUCAAUGAUGCAGAUAAUCCUGCGGGUGCUUCUCCUUGGGGAUCCUCCCCCACUGGCUCACCACAGCAUCCAAAAACCAGCACAUUUCCACCCAGAGAUAUUGUGUCACCGACACCGUAUAACCCGGAUCAACAAGGCGGUGCAGGCUAUUCGCAAGAAGAUAUAAUGGGGACUGGAGGUUUCAAUCGACCCGAUAGCAGUGGCGGUGCAUCGCUUUCUGAUGCCGAAAGUCGCAGACCUGACACUGUUGAAUCAAGUCAAAGCGAGGCCGAGGCACAGCAAGGUUUUGCACAAUAUCAACAGCAAUCAGCUCCACAGCAACAGUAUCCAGCGGGCCAACAUAGGCCGGAACCUCAGAGAUAUCAUCACUCUACUGCGCGACAAGGGCACCAUCCCCCGGCACCUCAUUAUAAGCUGCAAGCAAAAAUCACUGGACUGGAGCGCACCGGGAGGAAAGACCCUAUCUUGCGAUUUGAUGUACACACCAAUCUUCCAAAAUUUAGAACAACACAAUUUCGCGAUGUCCGACGAACGCAUUCCGAAUUCAUCAAGUUAGCAGAUCAUUUAAUAUCCUCAAAUCCGGAAGCUAUAGUUCCUGCAGUUCCUCCCGCGUUAACAUCUGCUGGUGCUGGCACUGAUGAGGAUGAAGCGCGCGUUAAAGCUUCUCUCCAAAGAUGGCUCAAUUAUGUUUGCUCCAAUGACGUAUUAAUGAGGGAUGAUGAGAUGGUUCUGUUUGUUGAGAGCGAUUUUGGAUACAGCCCAAUGCUGAAGCGAAAGCAACCAGCUACUGGAGUUCGCCGAAGAGUUAUCAAGCAAUUUGCACCUCCGCCCGAUGAUACGCCAGAAUUACAAGAUGCAAGGCCGGUGGUGAAGCUCUUUUACCUAGGAACGAUGGAUGCAGGUCACAAGGUAGACAAAUUGGUCAAAGCAAGACGAGGUCUUGGUUUAGCGGAGUCCGAUUUCGGUGUCAAAUUGGGCGCAAUGAAUAUCCAAGAGCCUCACCAAGGCCUUGCUAAUGCAUACCGUAAGCUUGGAAAGACAAUCCAAAGUACAGGAGAUUUCCAUGCAGCACAAGGUACUGCUGAAGCCACAACCAUAGGUGAUCCUCUUCAGUAUCACUCUCAAGAUUCAUUUAUUGUCAAAGAAACUCUCACAAACCGACACAUACUUCUGCGCGAGUUACUACAGGCUCAGCAAUUAACCCGAAGCAAGCUCAAUGCUGCAGACCGCUUAAAGGCCAGCUCAUCUGUCCGAAGGGAAAAGGUUGAUGAAGCCAUAUCAGCACUUGAUGAAGCACGCAGCAAUGAAGUCUAUCUUCACAAUAAAACCCAACGUGUCACAGCAAACUUAUUACUUGAACAACGAAGAUGGUUCGCUCGGACUGCUGCAGAUCUAAGAUUAAGCAUUCGAGAAUAUGUGAUUCGUGAAAUUGAAGCGGAGCGACGGACGCUGGCGACCUUGGAAAGCAUUAGACCUGAUAUACGAGCGAUCGAUUCUUCUGGUGGACUUAGCCGGUUGGGUAGGGAAUCACACCCCGCAGCAAGGAGAGCCAGUCUUGCAGCCAGUCAAGGUCCCAAAGGUGAUUCGUGGUCUGGUGUUCCAAGACGCCCCGAUGGACUUAGCCGGAGUAUUUCAGGCAGUUUUAUGUCUACUCCCGACGGCGCAAAUGGCGAAGAAGAAGGCGUGGGUCGUGAUAGGUCGCUCAGUGGCAGCACUGGUGGAUUGCCGGGCUUAAAAGAAGAAGAUGACGAGGACCGAGUUGAUGCAAGAAAUGCGGCGUCGAGAUUGGCUAAUGUUCUAUGA